UGUAAAAACUAGACAAGGUGAAGGCUGCACUUCUCGGACAAGCACAGCCAACAAGUAUGGCGCUGAGUUUGGCUAAACCAGGCCCUUCGGGCAAGCCUCUAGUGACGUCCGAGCAAUGGAGAGAGAUGAUUAUUAAACUCACGAAUUCCCCUCAAGCCUAUGAAACCAGACUGCAGUCGAAACCAUUCCCCAAAGAAGAGCAGUUUCAAUGUCUUCUCUGUGACUCUUUGUUAGAACAUAACAUCAAUUUGGAUAUCGAUUCCGUGGCGAACAAAAACAAACUUAUGAAAAUAAUAUGCACUAUCGGCCCAGCUUCAAGAGAGGUAGACAAACUAGAGCAACUGAUAAAAGCAGGCAUGAAUAUCUGCCGUCUUAAUUUUUCUCACGGAACGUAUGAAUAUCAUGCUGGAACGGUGGAAAAUGUGCGUCAAGCCGCUGCCAAAAUGCCACGGGGACAAGUGCUGGGAGUUGCUCUGGACACAAAAGGACCCGAGAUCCGGACAGGCCUUGUGAAAGGAGAAGCCUCGUCUGAGGUGGUCCUGGAAACCGGAAAAACAAUCCGCUUAACAAUCAAUGAUGAAUUCAAAGAGAAAUGCUCGGCCGAGGUGCUCUGGUGUGACUACAAGAACCUCCUAAAGACACUCGAUGUAGGCGGCCUGAUUUACAUUGACGACGGCCUCAUCUCGCUGAGGGCCAAGGAGAAAACAUCAGACUCUUUCAUAUGCGAUAUUGUCAAUGGAGGCAGUCUCGGAAGCAAAAAGGGAGUGGGAAUUGCAUCCGGCAAAUCCGAGAGGUUCUAGGGGAGAAGGGAAAGAAUAUUAAAAUCAUGUCUAAGAUCGAGAGCUUCUCUGGUCUCUGGAACUUCAUGGACGUCCUGGAAGAGACAGACGGUGUCAUGGUGGCCCGAGGUGAUAUGGGUAUCGAGAUCCCUCCGGAAAAGGUGUUCGUGGCUCAGAAACUGAUGAUCUCCGCCUGCAACAAGGCGGGCAAGCCUGUUAUCUGUGCCACUCAGAUGUUGGAGAGCAUGACGUACAAACCGCGCGCCACGCGGGCCGAGAGUAACGAUGUGGCCAACGCCGUGCUGGACGGAGCCGACAGCGUGAUGCUCUCUGGGGAGUCUGCCAAAGGCUUGUACCCCGUGGAGGCUGUUGCUCACAUGGCGGCUGUGUGCAAAGAAGCGGAGGCAGUCUUCUUUAACAAAAGGAUGUUCCAAGAGAUGCGGAAUGUGACGCCAAUGUUCACAGACGCCACCCAAGCUAUUGCUCUUGCUGCUGUGGACGUUUCAUACCAGUGUCAAGCAAAAGCAAUCCUCACGCUGUCUAUGACGGGUCGCACGGCCUACCUGAUGUCCAUGUACCGGCCUCGCUGUCCCGUCAUUAUGGUCACAUCAGACCCAUUAGUGGCCAGGCAGUCCUUGCUUUACAG